GAGAGAGAGAGAGAGGGAAAACCAACAGGCACGCAUCAGAUAGAACCAGUGAGCAAGCGAGAGAGUACCAGGCUUGCAGGACAGAGAGAGAGUGAGAGAGAGAGAGAGAGCGAGAGAGAGAGAGAGAGGAACAGAGGGAAACAGCAGGAAAAAUAGAGUGAUAGAGAUAGCUAGAAGAUGGAGGUGCAGUCAGAAUGCGUGGAACCUCCUCCACCUCCUCCUUCUGUUCCCCCAUGCGACCCCCAACCGCCAGGGAAGAUCAACAAAGCAGCCUUAAAGCUGUUUGGAAAACGACGCUCCAGCUCCGGAAUGGCCAGAUUCUUCUCCUUCAGGAACAAAGAAGCCAAUGGGAAUGGGAAUUCCGAGAAUGGGAAUUCUGUGAAUGGGAAUUCUGUGGGGGCGGCUAACGAGCUCGUCAGGAGUAAAACGCAUGAUGGACUAACAAGCUCGGAGACAGAUGGACAGAGAGGGGAGGAGUCUGGAAUAUCAGAGGCGGGACAGGUGAGGUCUCUCAGCAAAUCACUGAGCUUCUUUUCGCUGCUCAGACGAGGAAGUGUGAGAGCUAAUGAGAAUACAGGGUUUGGAAGCAGGGGGAGGGGUUUAAAAGGCUUCUUUAGUAGUAUAAGGUGGCGGCGGAAGGAGAGAGUGAUGGAGGGAGAGGUGGGGGUAACUGAGGGGAGGGAGGUGAGAGAGGGAGAUGUGAUUCUAAAGGAGGAAGUGAAAGACGUCACCCUGACCCUUGAACCCCAGCCCCAAUCACCACAGGAGGAUAAUGGGAGCUUGGAAGCUGAGCUAAACACAGAAUCAGCAAGAACUUCUCCUGCAGACAACGCCACAACACCACUCACGCACUCUACUGCCAUGACGACAAACCUGUCAGAAUUCCCCUAUACACCAUCCCCUUCCCCUCUUCACUCUGCCUUUCACUCAAGAACCAAAACGUCCAUUUCCUCAGCAACGGCCACCCCCCCUCUGGAUCGGUGUGACCCCACCUCUGAACCCUCAGUGGACCGGCUCUGUUCACUCCUCUUCACUGACGUCACCUCGCUCAAGAGCUUUGAUUCGCUGACAGGAUGCGGUGAUAUCAUCGCAGACGCAGAGGAGGAGGUGGCAGGAAACGUGGGAGGAGGAAAUGGAGGAGGAGGAAGUGUCACCAGUAGUAGUAGUAGCAGUGGGGGAGGGGUAGUACGCAGCUCCCCAGCUAAAUCUUCCAUUACUAACCAUGCCACCCCUUCCAGCAUUACCCCUACCCCCACUUCCGCCCCUGCCCCCCUCCCAGCCAGGGCACGGCUGAUGCCCUCCCACUCUGCCCCGAUUCAGCAGCCCUCUGGCAGCGGCGUGGUGGCCUACAUGGGGGGUGGCGAGGAGAUGGCCAGCCCUGACGGGGUGGACGACGCAGACAUGCAGGGGCUCUGGCACAUGCUCCCCUCUGGGGGAGAGAACUCCCCCGCCCUCCCCCGACCCAGCUCUCACCCGGCUCCCCCCAGGGGUACAGAGCGGAAACCCCCCCAGGUCAAGUCUCUGGGACUCAGCAAGAUCCCUUUAGUGGGGGGAGGAAGGAUGAGUAAACUCCCCACUCAUGCUGCCCGUCAAACCUCUUUGCCCAAUGAGAAGGACACUAAGGAGGAGGUCCAGCCCCAACAGGAUGUCCCGGCCCUUAGAGACGAGGGCUAUUGGGAUACGCCCUCGGCAACCCCCACGGCAACGCCUGACGACGGCUUCCUGCGGAACCAGAGGAUUGGUUUAUCGCGUGACAGUUGCUCUGGCGACGCGCUGUACGACCUCUACAAUGAGGAAUUGGACAGAUCUGAUGAAGAGGAAGAGGAGGAGGAAGAAGAUCUCACAAGUACUCCUUCCCUCUCCACUGACGACUACAAACGCAGCGCUCCCUCCCAGACUACUCCUCCUUCCUCUUCCUCCUCUUCAUCUUUUCGCUCGAUGAAGGGAAGCACUAGCCUUCCCCGCGAGUCCAAAAUCCCUCUUAGUGUCAGACAGAACAUACCCCCUCACUCAGUGAGCCAAUCAGCUCUUUCCACUGUCCUCACAGCCAUUCCUCCCUCUGACACACCCACCCAAGCUCCUCCCCCAGCCCGGACCAGGAUCCCUGUCUCCAAGGUGCCAGUCCGUCGCCCUAGGAACAAGCCCGGCAACGCUACACGAGGGCCAGCCCCCAGGAAGUAAGUCUGGACGAGGCAGCCAUGGACUUUGAUGUCUUUGGUUAGAACUAGACAACAUCACUGGACUAGUGUGUAUGACAUUGCCGGACUGGUGUAUUGUGAAAUGCAUCAGACAAUGAUAAAGACUUGAAAGAGAGUGAUAUGAGCUCUAAACAACUCUUCCAUUGGUUCUGGUGGGUCACGCCUCCAAAAGAUAAAGUUAAAAACAAAAAAUCUACAUCACUGGACUUGUGUGUGCAGCAUCACUGAAAUGAUGUGUAUGGGACACUUUUAAAGACUUAAAGACAUUUUCGACAACUCUCAGCGCUUUUGAAUAUGUAAACAAUGGUCACAGAAUUCAACUGCACUGCACACCACUAGGAAUGACUAGAGAAGCUUUUCUUCUUCUCUUCAAGUCCUUGUUUCUGAAACACAGAUUUUUAUAUGAUACCACGUGUUUAAUCUAAUGACGGCCUAAUCUAAUGAAACAGUUUGUAAUAAUCUAAUUGUUAACUAAUUACCUCCUAAUCCCAGACUACAUUCACAGUCUCAAUCCUCAUCUACAUCUUUUUUUAUGCCAUUUAGCAGGCGCUUUUAUCCAAAGCGAUGUGUGCAAUUAUUUCUACGUAUGGGUGGUCCCGGGAAUCAAACCCACUAUUCUGGCAUUACAAGCACCAUGCUCAACCAGCUGAGCUACAGAGGAGCAAUACAGGACUAUUAAAGACCCAGUGCACUAAUUUUGUGAUUUAAAAAAAACUAUUUUUGUAAUUUUCUUCAGCACCCCUACUUCCCGUGGCAAUGUGGGGUGUACUGUUGACUGUACUUCUCCCAGUUCUAAAGUACCAGUGGAUAACAGUGGUGACAACAUUGCUAAAAACAAUCAGAAAGCAUUUAUAAAUGUAUUUUUACUAAGGUGUACAUGGAGAUCACCGGAUACAACACCUCACCUUGCCAGUGAACAUAACCAAGAAACAACAUCACAAAACUUAAUCGCCCUAAGUGAAUGACAAACACACACAUUCUCCUCUGGACCAUAUGUGCUCCACCACUCGAACGAGCAACUACUGUACUGUGAUGACCUCGCACUGGAGAAACAGCAGCAGGUUCAAUCUCUCUGGAAUGAACAACUAUAACAAACUGACCAAUAAAAAAACGGAAUAAGUAACGCAAUAGUGAGACAGCAUUGAAGAAUGUUCCUCUACUGACUGAAGAACGACCACUGAACACUCCUCUCUUGCUGCAUGAGGUGCCUGGAACACAAGGCACUAGGUUCAGGGAACACAGUCUACACUAAGGACACACACACACACCACGUCAAGGACUCUCUUUCACACACACACACACACACAGGAUUACUUUCUUCUCGACCAGGACACAUUAAUACAAUGUUUUUUUCUACUGAGUAAUUUGUUCUUCACUGGUUUUCAUACUCUUUUUAUAAGAUAAUGUUUCAUGAGACACCGCAAACAACCUUCACUGCGAACCCCCCUUACUGGGCACAAACUGGUUGAAUCAACAGUGUUUCAACGUACUUUGUCAAUGUAUUGUGACGUGGAAUCUACGUGGAAAAUAUCAACCUGUUGUUUUGAAGGUGAAAUUUCAACCAGAGAAUAAUGGCAUCACGGUAACCAAAUUUCAACAUAGAAAAAUCAUAUGUAAUAAUCCAACAUAUCAAUGAUUAAUUUGCAGACAAACUGGAAUUAAAGCCAGAGUAAGUCAGUGGCACAGAUGGAACUAUCCAAGCAGAAGAUAAAUAUCUUUCACAUGUUGAUAUUUGGUUACGUUGACAACCAAACACAAUUCAAUAUCACUUUUGAAAUACAAUGAAUAGCCGAUUAACUUGUUAACAAAUGAUAUGUUGAAUUCAUGUCUCCAACUCAACCAAAAAUAAAAGUUAAAGAAUAGGUUUAAGCCAGUGGCUCUGAUGGAACUAUCCAAUAAGUAGAUACAAUCGCCUUUUAAUGUUGAUAUUUGGUUACGUUGACAACCAAACACAAUUCCAUAUUAUUUUUGUAUACAGUAAAUCUUUCAAACUAAUUUAACAUUUAACCUUAAAAUGAGUAACACAUCCAUGGCCACAUUUUGAGGUUACUGUUAACUAUACAUUUCUUAUAUAAUCAUAUAAAGUGUGCAUGUUCAAGAUAGCAUCAUAGGUCAUUGCAGGUCUAUGGAGAUCUUUACGAUCUCUUUAAUAAUCUGCGCAGAAUCUAGAAUGGCAUUGAUCACUUGCAUCAUGUACUUUUAAUGUCACCUCAACUGCCAUCCAGGUCACUUGGUUGUGUGCUACCAGAUGAAGCACCGUGAUAACACAUGAAUCUGUUUUAUAAAUAAACAAAAUAUCUGACGUUGUAUUCCCAUUUGAACUGCUGUGCUUUUAAAUGGUUGAAAGUACAGUGAUAGGCGUUUGACAUCUAAACCAAAAAUCUGACAUAGUUUUCCCAUUGGAAUUUGAUCGUGGUUGUAGAUGGUUGAAAGCAUAUUGAUGACACAUUGGAAAUUCAAGUAACGUUUGGCUGUCUUUUUGAGUUGAAUAUAGGUUGUAAUCUCAUUGAUCAACGUCUCAACCAAAUAUGACACAAUUAUCCUCGUUGAAAUGACCUGGUGUACCCAAUGGGCAGGUUCUAAGCCGACCUUUGUGGACCAUUGUUUCUGAUAUCUGAAGGAGGAAGGGGGUGGGGGCCAAAGUUAAUACCUGUGGCUUGCAUUCAGGAGUACACCUCAUCCUCAUCCCCAAAUCAUGGACACACACUCCUUUUCUCUCAACCUGCAGAAAAUGAGCAUGACGUCCUUAACCCUGUCUACCUACCUGUCUGUCGGUCUGUCUAUCCAUCUGUCGGUCUCUUCCUGAGUUUUGGGUAUAAAGGGAUGUUGAUUGGACCCACUAGCUUGGGGAGCGGUUCGGAGAAAUCCUAACAGACCGCCGAACAGAGGAGAGUGUAAAGGUGGAGCGCAGUUUUAAAAAUAGUCUGGAUGUUUUUCUAUGUUUUGGUUUCCUUUUCUCUGUUCACCACCUUAUUCUUAAUCUGGGCAACAAGUUGCAUUACAGUGGAAAGCAUUAUCCAUCAUUUUUACUGUUUUAUCUUCCUGUCUGUCUUUCUUUCUCUCUGUUAAUGGUGUGAAUGUCUUUGUUUUCUUUCCUGUUUAUAUAUUUAAUGAAUAAAACCCUGUGUUUGUGCUAAUAGAGUG